GCGUCUUCUGGGGAGCACUACAAUCCCAACAAUUCCUCUGAGAGUUCUGAUGCGGAAUCAGAAUCCGAUGCUGAAUCUAAGACUCCGCCGGAUGUAGAUGAAGACUCGGAUGAACAUGGUGGAAGUAAUGGAAAACGGCAAUUGAAAAGCCAAAUCAAUUAUUGCUUCAUUUGCAAGAAACCCCAAACAAAAUUUGCUCGGCACUUAAAAGACAUGCACACCAGAAUGCAGAUGUCGCCAAGGCGUUAUCACUAGCUCCAAGUUCAUGUGAGAGAAAGACAAUUUUGGAAAAAUUGCGGAAUCUUGGUAAUUUCUCACAUAAUACAGAAGUCAAAGCCACUGGAUCCGGGGCUCUAAAAUUUAAAAGAGAAUCUAAAACAAGCAAUGUCUCUGAGGCAUAUGAUUUCUGCACCCACUGCAAAGGGAUGUUUUCCCGUAGAUAACUAUGGAAACACAUGAAGCGAUGCCUGCUCAAUUCGGCAAUGAAUGAGGAAACAAGUGCAGGAAGGAAAAAAAAUACAAGUUUGUCUAAAUAUGGAGCAUCUGAAAGUGCAUAUCAAGAGCUCUUGGCAUUGAUCGAAAAAAUGCACAGAAAUGAAGUGUAUGACGCAAUCAUACAUGACUUCUUUGUUCUUCGGUUUGGGAAAACAAUGUACAACAAACAUGGACUUGACUAGUCUAAACACGACUACAUCCGCCAGAAACUAAGAGAAUUAGGUAGAUUGCUUGUUGCUUUGAGAAAUACGUGAACUAUAGACUCAGCAGUCAAACCAUCCAAUUUCAUGACUUAUUAAGGCUGUGAAGAAGGUCGCUGGCUUUGAUGAAGUAACUGGAAUCUACAAAUCACCCAGUUUGGCCCUUAAAAUUGGGCACUCCCUCCGGCGGGUUAGUGAACUGAUUAUGUGCCAGUUUCUUAUGGAUGAGGAUGACGAGGGGGUCGAGUCAAUCAGAAGGUUCCACAAAUUGUACGACACCCAGUGGUCAGAAUUUGUUUCCCACUCAGCCUUGACAAAUUUGAGCGAUGCUAAUUACAAUAAGACACAACCAUCCCUCUAGCAGAGGAUGUUCAGAGACUUCAUCUCCAUCUUCAUCAGGAGGCAGAUUUCGCUACAGAGAACCUGAACAGUACAUCAUCCACAGGUACUUCUGCAGCCCUGGCUAAAAUAACACUAUGCAAAGUCAUUCUAUUCAACAGGAGGAUGUCUGGUGAAGUCUCAAAGAUGACUUUAAAACAUUUUCUGGAUCGGGAUAACUCAAAAAUGAACGAUGACAUAACCACAGGACUGAACGAAAUCGAGAAGAGACUUUGUCAGCAGCUCAAUAGAGUCGAAUUGAAGGGGAAAAGGGGACGCAAAGUCGCGGUCCUCCUCACACCCGACAUGACUGCUUCAUUAACUCUCCUUGUCAGCAAAAGCAAAGAGUGUGGAGUCGAUGAUGGCAAUGGACACCUCUUUGUAAUUCCCCACUGUCAAGGUUUCUUCAGAGGACAAGACUGCCUCUGUAAAAAUGCUCGUGCUGCUUGUGGAGCUGUUAACCCGUGCAGUUUGACCUCAACUAAUCUGCCCAAGCAUAUCGCCACAAUUAGUCAAGUCAUGAAUCUAAAAGACAAUGAACUGGACCAGCUUGCAAACUUCUUAGGCCAUGACAUACGGGUGCAUCGGGAAUACUACCGCUUGCCCCAGUCGACGAUUCAGCUUGCAAAAAUAUCUAAGCUGCUGAUUGCCAUGCAGGGCGGGUGUGUGAAAGACAUCCAAGGGAAGUCACUCCACCAGAUAGGCGAUGAUUUUCAGGUGAUGUGGAAGAUUUCGCCCCUACUCCCAAUCAUCCAGGUCCUCCUCCUGAAAUUUGCAUCCAAGGUGACAUGGAAGAAUUUGCCUCUGUUGCUGAUGAAUCUGGUCACCCUCCUAAAACCGGCCUUCAAGAUGACAUGGUUGAUUUCGCUCCGGUGCCUGUUCAAUCUGGUAAUUCUGAAGAAACUGGAAUCCAAGGUAAACACAUUCCAUCCGAGGGGAGGCGCUGUGUGAAGAGACCGUGGUCGGAAACUGAAACAAAAGCUGUGAUGAAGCACAUGAAGCCAUACAUUCUGAACGGACUUCUGGUCACGAGCGCUCAAUGUGCAUUCUGCAAAGAACACCCUGCAUUAGAAGGACGCACAAUUCAAAAUAUUCGUGAUUUUGUAAGAAAUAAUGGCCUAAAGAAAAAAUAAGUAGUAUUCACACAUGGAAUAGUUGAUGUUUUGCAGUUGUUUCAAGAAUCAAGCUAAAUUCAGACAAGUUAAGUUACGUUUUUUGGUCGCUGGUGGUUCGCGGUUUUGAGUGACUUACGUUUGAGAUGUGUUCAGUCUGAUUUUAUGAAGCUUUUCUUUGAGAAUUGUCAACACUGCUUUAGUAUCCUCACAAUCCUGUUUGCAGUCUGUGUGUCAACUAGUGUCCUUGAAAUAAAGGCCUAAAGAAUAAAAAAAGAUAUUCACACGUGGAAUA